CGAACAAAGUGAGACUGAGCGAUUCAGUCCUCGUUGUCUGCAUUCGAGAUUGGAAAAACAUGGGCAGGCCUCGCAAAGUAGCAGCAGCACCGGCAGCACCAGCAGCAGCAGCAGUAAAACCCGCACCAGUAGCACCUGCACCAGUAGCAGCACCUGCGCCCGUCCCGGUGGCUGCUCCUGCUGCUCCUGCUGUGGCUCCGGCUGAAACCGCUCCCGCCAAGCCACGCAAGGCCAAGCCAGCAAUCGACCCGCGCAACAACGCCGCUCCAAACCCACUCGAUGCAGGCGUGGUAGGGAAGGCCAAGAGCGGCCGGCACUGGAAGACACGCCAGACGCAGCGAGCGUCUGCACGAAUGAACGUCCCGUCCGCGCGCGUCGGCUGGGCCAAGCUCAUGGAGCGAAAGCAGGAGAAGCUUCCCAUGCGGGAGCAGGAGCGCCAACUCCAAGAGCAGAUCGACCAGGCCAAGCAGGCUGAGCGUGAAGCCCGUAUUGCCAAGCAAAAGCGACGUGCCGAGAACGAACGCAAGAGCGAGGUUGUGCAGAAGAUUACCAAUACUUCCAAGAUUAAGCGAAUGAGCAAGGCUCAACUCCGCACCUUGUCACGACGAUGAAGCAAACGUGUUUGUCUCAUUUGUUCCAUCAACCUCAAAAACAAACAAACACCAAAAAGUUACGCCA